AUGUAUGAGUCCAGGCUGCAAUCGAGCCAGGAGCUGACUCCCCUCAUCGUUAAUGUCGAACAGACCUUCAGCCCGUGCGGUGUUUUUUCGUCCGACUCCCCUCGCCCCACACUGGGGUUUCACCCUCCCCCCCACAAGGCCGCGAGCCCGGGGGCGCAGCCGCAAACCCCGGGCGGAAGCAGCAGCACCGCCGCCGCCUCCAUUGUUCGUCCAAGGGUGCGACAUCGAGCGGAGUGGAAUGCCGCACUGGAGGAUGUGGAGGGAUUCAAACUACCCGUGGACUCUUUCUUGGCUUCCAAUUACCGGGCAAACACCGUCCUAAAAGUCCCGGUGCGGUAUAUCGCCGAUCAAUUCGAUCGCCGCUGGCUCGCUCAUCGUUUUAUGGAGGGCCAUCAGGAGGGCCACACCUCCAAAGAUGGAGUAGUACGAGGCAAAACGGGUCAACUUGGAUCGGCACCCAGAAUUGACUCCGAUCUCACGAUUUCUUUAUUUGAAGAUAUUAUCACUGCUUUCGAGCUUGCAGCCUUUUGCAAUCCUGAGAUCUCCCUCGAACGGCUAGUAAGUUUAAACAGACUUUACCUUGAGGGUGUGGACGCCUCGAGUACGGUGAUCACCGAAGUCCACGAGUACUGGCUUCGCAAACGCGAGGCCCUCGGUGGGAAUAUUGCGUGUAUUCCUGCCCUACAGGUGGGUGUCUGUGACGAGAACGAGAGUGCGAUUUGUCGCGCAAACGUUUUGGGGGACUACCCCCUCCCCUUCAAGGCGCGUGACUGGGUCGUCUCCUGCAUUACACGGAAAAACCGUUCCCUGAAGCGGCGACGAAGAAAAGCCCCUGGUGCUCUACCCAAGAAGGAGGAUAGGCAAAGAUCCAUCGUGGAUUUUGUCACCGUUGCACACUCGCUUAGUAUGCAGAUUUUACAACGUGAGCGCUUACGACACAAGCAUGCUAUGAACUCGAUUUAUGAGAUGGCUGCGAUGCGUAACCUCUCUGGGGUGAAUUUCGAUAUGUUGCACGAAUCCCCUUCAUGGGCAAAUCGAAUUGUGGAUGCUUUACAGCUUCACCAAGAAGUGGAUUGCUCUGAAACCUUGAGGGAUUUUUUUGAGGGGCUUUCAACGACUUGGGGUGAUCAUGAAGAGGUGGAAAAAAAGAACCCCAACCAGAGUUCGAAAUGA